AUGCAGGAAAGAGAUAUUACCAAUUAUCAUCUUGAAGAACAGUUAUCUCAUUCUCCGUGGAUUUCUUUGAAACGAUUUCAUUAUCAUCAGAAUGGUAUGAAAAAGAGUUGGGAUUUGGCCAUCACGCCCGAUUCUGUGGCUGCUUUGUUGUAUCAUCCCGAGAAGGAGUGUUUCUUGUUGGUGAAACAAUUGAGGCCAGCUGUGUUUGUUCGGCAAUUGAUUGAGUUGAAUCAAUCGGAACAUGUGAUUUCCUCUGAAAUUUCUUCUUCAUCCACUACGCCAUCAUCAUUAUCGGAAACAACCAUUUCUCCAAUUUCUGCAACCUCAACAUCUAUAACAACCACAACAGAACUAAUACCUCCAAAAGCAAAAUUAUCUUUGGAAUUAUGUGCUGGUUUAUUAGAUAAGCAUGGAAAGUCGCCGAUAGAAACCAUGCAAGCUGAAAUUUUGGAAGAAUGUGGAUAUCAUGUGCCACUUGGAAUGAUUGAACCCAUUACCAGUUAUUACUCGGGAGCAGCAAAAAGUUAUUCCAUUCAACAUUUGUACUAUGUCGAAAUGAGACAAGUAUUGGAUCAGAAGGAUGAGGAGCAGCAGCAAUCUUGCAUAUUCGACCCGUUGAAUGGUGAGUUUUGUAAAAAAGUCUCAAAUGGUGGAGGGUUAGAGGAAGAGGGUGAAAUGAUUGAAGUUGUGGAAUUACCUCUCUCACAGGCCAAGGAAUUGAUGAAAGACGAGAGUGUGGUGAGAUCGCCGAGUUUAUUACAUGCAUUGAGUUGGUGGUUUUUAGAAAAAGCAACUCCUGAACAAGUGGAAAAGCAUUAUCGUAGAUCUGUAGUGUCGUCAUCUUUGAGUUCAAUGAAUUAA